AAUUUUAAAACAUUGCGUGAUGGAAAUGUCACCUUUCAUGAUCCGAAACUCGAAGCAUGAAAAGCUAACACGAAGUCACCAUUUUUACCAUUAAAGAGUAAAAGACAACACAAAAUCCAACUGAUAUUUUCUUUCUCUAAAUCUCUGACCUCUUGUAUUCAGUAUUUGUUCCAAAUCAAGCUAAGAUACGCAAUGUAAGAAAAUAUUCAACUAUUGGAUUGAUUGAACGUUCAAGCUUUUCGUCUCGGUAAUUCUCAUCUGGGUGUUAAUGGUUAGUUCUCCGUUAACUGUUGAUCAAGCUUGUGGGGUCAAGUUCUCAUCUGGACGAAGGACAAUGCAAACGACACCAUUUGAGAGAUCAUAAGAACAAAUUCCAAUUUGUAGACGGGAGAAAAGUGGAGGAAUACUGACAUUUGACAACAUUUGACACAACAAAUUAUGGCUCCUGGAGGCAUAGUCUACAAGGAAGUAAUAGAAUCCCCCAUUUUAUUUUCAGACUAUGGUAUGACAUCAAAUGCAGAACAAAGAGCCUCUCCCUCAAGCAAGACUUCCAGUCAAUCCAAUGGAAAUCUCGGAAUGUCUUCAAAUAACGAUGUUCAUGAGCUACUUGAGUGUCCUGUUUGCAUAAGUUUAAUGUAUCCUCCAAUUUUUCAGUGUUCCAAUGGCCAUACUUUGUGUUCAAAGUGCAAGGCUAGAGUACGCAACUCUUGUCCAACUUGUCGCCAAGAGCUUGGAAACAUAAGGUGCUUGGCGCUUGAAAAGGUUGCAGCAUCUUUGGAACUCCCAUGCCGAUACCAAAAUUUGGGUUGCCAGGAUAUCUUCCCAUACCACUGCAAGCUCAGACAUGAAAAGAUCUGUAAAUAUCGUCCGUACUGCUGCCCCUAUGCUGGAGCUGAGUGUUCUGUCACCGGUGACAUUCCAUUCCUCAUCAUGCAUCUCAAGGAGGAUCACAAGGUUGACUUGCACGAUGGCUCUACUUUCAAUCACCGAUAUGUCAAAUGCAAUCCGCAUGAAGUUGAAAAUGCUACAUGGAUGUUGACAGUAUUUAACUGUUUUGGCCGACAAUUUUGCUUGCACUUUGAGGCUUUUCAGAUAGGAAUGGCACCGGUUUACAUGGCCUUUCUCCGAUUCAUGGGUGAUGAAGAUGAGGCUAGGCAAUUUACAUACAGUCUGGAAGUUGGUGGGAAUGGCAGGAAACUUACAUGGCAAGGAAUUCCCAGAAGCAUUCGCGAUAGCCAUAAGAAAGUUCGAGACAGUCAGGAUGGAUUGAUCAUUCAAAGGAACUUGGCAUGCUUCUUUUCGGGAAAUGAUCAACAGGGGCUGAAGCUGAAAGUGGCUGGAAGAAUCUGGAGAGAACAGUGAGAUAUAGCUGGAACAAUGGUUUGAACUUUUUAGGACACUUUUGUAGUGAAGAAACAAAGAGCCAGAAAGUCUUUUUGUAAAUGAGUAGCUGUAAUUGUUUUGCGAUUCUUAUCAUUUAUAAGUGUACUUUGAGAUCAGGGCAAAAGAUAUUUAUGGACCGGACAAUGGCACUUCGUAGUUGUUAAUAGGAAUAACAAAGUCCUAUCGAUCGGAAUUUCGACAAACUGAUCAUGUCACUUGAUAUUUUUCUAUUGGAGCUGUACUCACAGUGGUUUGUUUCUAACUCGGUGAA